AUGAGACAAAAGUCUGUGAGUACAGAGACCGAUAGGACCAGAUUCAGCAGGGUCAAUCUUCAGAUAAAAUAUAUUUCAUUCACAUUCCAUGUUAUCCCAGAAAGGUCCCAGUUAGUAGUUAAGUCUCAGAUAUGUCCAAUAUCAGUGUCAGAUGUCCCAGUACUAUCAGAUGUCCCAGUAGUAUCAGUGUCAGAUGUCCCAGUAGUAUCAGUGUCAGAUGUCCCAGUAGUAUCAGAUGUCCCAGUAGUAUCAGUCCCAGAUGUCCCAGUAGUACCAGUACCAGAUGUCCCAGUAGUAUCAGUCUCAGAUGUCCCAGUAGUAUCAGUAUCAGAUGUCCCAGUAGUAUCAGUCCCAGAUGUCCCAGUAGUAUCAGAUGUCUCAGUAGUAUCAGAUGUCCCAGUAGUAUCAGUGUCAGAUGUGCCAGUAGUAUCAGUCUCAGAUGUGCCAGUUGUAUCAGUCUCAGAUGUCCCAGUAGUAUCAGAUGUCCCAGUAGUACCAGUCCCAGAUGUCCCAGUAGUAUCAGUCCCAGAUGUCCCAGUAGUAUCAGUCCCAGAUGUCCUAGUAGUAUCAGUCUCAGAUGUCCCAGUAGUAUCAGUUUCAGAUGUGCCAGUUGUAUCAGUCCCAGAUGUCCCAGUAGUACCAGUACCAGAUGUCCCAGUAGUAUCAGUGUCAGAUGUCCCCGUAGUAUCAGUGUCAGAUGUUCCAGUAGUAUCAGUGUCAGAUGUCCCAGUAGUACCAGUACCAGAUGUCCCAGUAGUAUCAGUCCCAGAUGUCCCAGUAGUACCAGUACCAGAUGUCCCAGUAGUAUCAGUCUCAGAUGUCCCAGUAGUAUCAGUACCAGAUGUCCCAGUAGUACCAGUACCAGAUGUCCCAGUAGUAUCAGUAUCAGAUGUCCCAGUAGUACCAGUACCAGAUGUCCCAGUAGUAUCAGUGUCAGAUGUCCCAGUAGUAUCAGUGUCAGAUGUCCCAGUAGUAUCAGUGUCAGAUGUCCCAGUAGUAUCAGUCUCAGAUGUCCCAGUAGUAUCAGUACCAGAUGUCCCAGUAGUAUCAGUACCAGAUGUCCCAGUAGUAUCAGUACCAGAUGUCCCAGUAGUACCAGUACCAGAUGUCCCAGUAGUAUCAGUCUCAGAUGUCCCAGUAGUACCAGUACCAGAUGUCCCAGUAGUAUCAGUCUCAGAUGUCCCAGUAGUAUCAGUACCAGAUGUCCCAGUAGUACCAGUACCAGAUGUCCCAGUAGUAUCAGUCUCUCAGAGUCCCAGUAGUAGCCAGUAUCCAGAUGUCCCGUAG